CAGCAGAGACGAGAGAGGAAGUACCAGAGAACCACGCUCCUCUAACAGACAAUACCCGACUAUAGCGCUCCUCCUGCGGCUCAGCCUGAGCAGAUAUCAGAUAUUAUAUAUUAUAUUACAGAUAGAUAUUACUGACUCAGUCAUGGUGGCCAUGGCGAAGCGGCUGAAGCUCUUCCAGGUGCUGUUCUCCGACCCCAGUAAGACGUUCUACUGCGGAGGAGACAAGCUGUCCGGUCGGAUCCAGGUGGAGGUGAACGAGGUGACACGCGUGUCCGCGGUGCGCGUGCUUGGUCUGGGCUGUGCGAAGGUGGAGUACGCUAAAGGCAAGCAGAGAUGCAGACAGGAGGCCGAGUACAUGCGAUACGAAGAGGUUCUGCUGCUGGACGACCAGCCCACAGACUCUGAUGGAUCGGUCGUCUUGAGGCCUGGCAACAAAUACGAGUACACGUUUGGAUUUGAGCUCCCUCAGCAAGGGCAGCUGGUGUCAUCGUACAAGGGGAAGUUUGGCUACGUCCAUUACUACGUGAAGGCCCUGUUGGAGAGGCCACACCAGCCCACCCUCGAGUGUAAGAAACACUUUGAGGUGGAGGAGCCGCUGGACGUCAACACCCCAGACCUGCUGUCUCCCACAGGUGGCAUGAAGGAGAAGAAAGUCACCUGCAUGUUCAUCCCGGACGGUCAGGUGUCACUGAAUGCAAAGAUUGACCGCCGUGGCUUCUGUGAAGGCGAAGACAUCUGCAUCAACGCAAAGUUUGAGAACACCUGCUCCCGCAUCGUGGUGCCCAAGGCCGCCAUCAUCGCCAAGCACACCUACCAGGCCAACGGCCGCACCAAGGUCUUCAGCCAGAAGCUGUCUUCGGUGCGCGGCAACCACAUCAUCUCCGGCAUGUGCGACGCCUGGCAGGGAAAGACCAUCAGGGUGCCAAAGAUCAAACCCUCCAUGCUGGGUUGCAACAUAAUCCGUGUGGAGUACGCGCUCAUGAUUUACAUCCACAUCCCUGGAAGUGAGAAGCUGAUCCUGGAGCUGCCUCUGGUCAUCGGUACCGCCGGUCUGGGCAGCCGCAGCAACAGCGUCAGCAGCAAUGACGGUUCGAUCAGCAGCAGCACCUCUCAGAGCUGGGUGUCCCUCAGGAUGCCCUCUGAUCCUCCCAGCUACUGUGACAUCACCCGCGACUGCCGCCUGGACACGCCCCUCACGCCGCUCCUUGACGACUUCGACGGUGACGAGAGCCCCAUCUUCAUGAACUCUCCAACCUUCCAGUUCCCGCCACCUCCAGCGUACACCGAGCCUCUCUGAUUCUUUCCCCAGACUGAGGAGGAGUACAACGGCAACGCUCGCAUGCUGCCGGUCUGCUGAAAUCCAGCUGUUAGAACUGUGGUCCAGCUCUCAGGGACCGUUCAUCUUAAGCACUUGAAAAGGAGCAGAAGGUCCAAACCUCCACAGGAGAUGGUGUCGGACAGAAAAGUAAAGCCAUGAUUGUGGAAACGGACAGAACGAGGCUCGCUGGCUCCGCCCGCUGUCUUCACCGCGCUUCAUCACCUAUGCCAACCUUGAGUCUUCCUACUGGCGCUCCUCGGGUCAAGAACCGGUUUGGUGCGCUACAUUUCUGAAUAAGCUGUCCCUUCCAGUGACUCAAACUUUCAGGGUCUCACUUCACUUAACAGACACUUUAUGACUUUGUCUUUGGGGCCAAGCAUGGUCUGAGUCGGCCCCCGGCCUGCUGUGCUAUUUGGGGAUUGGUCUUUUCCUCACGAUGCUUUGUCAUUCCUGUAUCUUUUAAGGGAUUUCACGAGAGGAACCAUCCUUUUUGUUAAGUCCAGUCAGUUUGUGUUGCUGUAAAGAAUUUGUCAGGAAUCUUUUUGCCUUUGAGAAUUACAGCAUGUAGAAUAAUCUUCCUCGGAUGCUAAAAGAGGAACCAGCGUUUGGAGAAAUGUGGUUUGUUCCUGUAUUUUAUUGCACUUUUGUCAUUGAUGCAUUUUGCUCUACCACUGCCUACACGACUUCCUGUUUAUGUUUUAUUUGAACAAUGUUUGUGAUGUGGAGAGUGGAUUGUUUUUGUUUGUUGAUAAAACACUCUAAACUUGUUGGAACCUCACCUUUGAUUUCCAAAUCCCAGCUUGGUGAUUGGCUCUAAAGUGCCAAACAUGAACCAUACAACAUUCACGCUCCGGUAUCGUGGUGGGACACACCGUACGUGAGGAUAAUCAUCGGAUGUGAUCUGCAGUUGUCAUAGACAACGUUUCACCGUGUUAUCUCCACCGUGGUGGUUUCACAACUCCUCUUCUUUCAGGGCGCGAAGGAAAUCACUGCUAAAGACUGAUAAAGUGAGAAAGUAUGUUUUCAAUGCAUCCUCGAUACUUAUAACAAAGUAUUUUUGUAUGAAACCCUAUGGGUUAGUUUUGUAUUAAAGAAAUGUUGAAAAGUA